GUGUAAAAAAAUGGCGAAUCGGUUUACAAGUGAUAUAAAAAUCUAUUAAGAAAAAAAGUGAAAAUCUCAAUUUGAUUGCAUUUUAAUUGGCUUUUUAUCUAAACUAACAGUGACAUAUUUAAUCAGGAAAGUCGAAUUUUGACAAUAGAACAAUUAGAAAUGAAGAGAAACCACGAAAAAUAUGUGAAAACUUUCAUUGCUGGAAAAAUGGAUUUCUAACUCAAUGGAAAAUUUAUUUUUACAAUAUUAUCAAUGAAAGUUUCAUAACUCAAGCAAUCAACAUUCUACAACAACGCAUCACAGGGAAUUUAAUAUUAUCAAAAGAUAUAUUUUUGUCCGCGUUUAUCAUUACAAACCUUUUAAUUUAUUUUUGGUUUUCAACUGAAAGCCCAUUGAAAGAACCAACUUCAGAAAACAAGGCAACGAAUAGAAACGAAAUAGAAUUGAAGCGCUAAACCUAGGAGUUGCCACCGUACGAAAAAAUUCCUCCACACAUGGCAUCAGUGGCAGCGGCAUGGUUGCCGUUUGCCCGAGCCGCGGCCGUUGGCUGGGUUCCAAUCGCUGCAAGUCCAUUACCACCACCGCCGGUUCUAAAGGACCGUCGUAAGCCCGAAGAUGAGAAAAUGUUAAUAAAUGUCUCGGGACGACGAUUUGAAACAUGGCGUAACACAUUAGAAAAAUAUCCUGACACUCUUCUCGGCUCAACUGAACGUGAAUUCUUCUACGAUGAAGAAACUUCAGAAUAUUUCUUCGAUCGGGAUCCCGAAAUAUUUCGACAUAUUUUGAAUUAUUAUCACACGGGAAAGCUUCAUUAUCCACGACAUGAAUGUCUUCUUAGUUACGACGAAGAACUUUCGUUUUUUGGCAUCUUGCCCGAUGUCAUUGGCGAUUGCUGUUACGAAGAAUAUCGCGAUAGAAAACGUGAGAAUACAGAAAGAUUAAUGGAUGAUAAGCUUUCGGAAAAUGGUGAAACAAAUUUACCACCAUUGACAAAUACAAGGCAAAGGAUGUGGCGAGCUUUUGAAAAUCCACACACGUCAACAUCUGCUUUAGUUUUCUACUACGUCACCGGAUUCUUUAUCGCUGUUUCCGUCAUGGCGAAUGUUAUAGAAACUGUUCCUUGUGGACAUAGACCGGGACGUGCUGGAACGCUCCCAUGUGGUGAACGAUACAAAAUUGUAUUCUUCUGUCUCGACACAGCUUGUGUGAUGAUUUUUACUGCUGAAUAUUUGCUUCGACUUUUUGCAGCACCAGAUCGUUGUCGCUUCAUGAGAAGUGUCAUGUCGGUGAUCGAUGUGGUGGCCAUUAUGCCAUAUUACAUCGGAUUGUUUAUGCAAGACAAUGAUGAUGUGUCUGGGGCAUUUGUCACGCUGCGUGUUUUUCGUGUUUUUAGAAUUUUCAAGUUUUCACGUCACUCACAAGGGUUGAGGAUUCUCGGUUACACACUGAAAUCUUGCGCCUCUGAGCUAGGUUUCCUCGUAUUCUCUCUUGCCAUGGCAAUUAUAAUUUUUGCUACUGUCAUGUUCUAUGCUGAAAAGAACGUCGACGGAACAAACUUUACGUCAAUUCCAGCUGCAUUUUGGUACACUAUUGUGACAAUGACAACUCUAGGUUAUGGUGAUAUGGUGCCAGAGACAAUUGCUGGAAAGAUUGUUGGUGGAGUAUGUUCAUUGAGUGGUGUGCUUGUGAUCGCUCUUCCCGUUCCUGUCAUUGUAUCAAACUUCAGUCGAAUCUACCAUCAAAAUCAACGAGCUGAUAAAAGAAAAGCGCAAAGGAAAGCAAGAUUGGCGAGAAUUCGUGUGGCUAAAGCUAGUUCAUCAGCAGCAUUUGCAAACAAGAAGAAAUUGGCUGAAAGUCGAAUGUUACGACACGAACAGAAUGGAUUCGAUUCCGAAGAUUUUAGUGACGAAGACAUUUUCGAGUUGCAACAUCAUCAUUUACUUAAAUGCCUCGAAAAGACAACUGAUCGUGAAUUUGCUGACCUUGACGCUCCAUUCAAUGGCGCAACGAAAAAUGGUUCACCGUCACCACUUACAAGUCCAAUUCACGCAAGAAUUGGCAAAAUUGGAUUUUUCCACAAGUGUUGUGGUCGUUGCUGUUCGGGAAAGCGAUAUAAGGGCUAUGGAAAGUACGUUCCAGCGAGAACAAGUAGCCGUGUAGUCAUCCACAAUAAUCGUAACAAUAAUGACAGCAAUGACAACAGUGGACAAAACGAAGAAAGUUUGGACUAUUUGGUUGAAGAGACGUUCUAAAUUUCUAUGCUUAAAAGCUACUUAACAGGACAUUGUUUCUUCAUUCACUGCCAUAAGUAAAUGACAUUGAAAAUCAAUAAAACAACGGCAGUGAAAAAACGAAUCAGCAAUCACGACAAAAGUAUUUUAACUGAAUAUUUUUCAUGACACCAAACAAUUGUAUCGCCAAAUAUUAAGUAUUGUUCUUGGAAAGUUAUCGCGUUUAUUUAAAGUUUCUAUGAAGUUUAAUUAAAAAAAAAUCCUAAUUGAUGAGAAAAAAAAUUAAUGAAAUUGAAUAAUAAUUUUUGAGUAGGUUAGCAAACGGAAUUAAAUUUACUAUUGUUACUUAGCAAUGGAAGAAGUCAUAAAGAAAUCUGUAAAUGUUUCCCUCCAAAGCAUAUUUAAACACAUGAAAAUUUCCAUGAAAUUAGCUGCCCUAGCAAAUCAUUACAUCAACAAAGAUAAUUAAGCCAAAUGUUUUAAAUUCAUUUUUCACAUCAACAAAAUCAAGCAUAAAUUAGAUAAAGUUGAUCAUUUAUCAUCAAGGAAGUUUCUGCGACCUUAACAACAUGAAAAUCGCUUUCAAGCGAUGAAAAACUUUAACAUUGAACAAAGAAUUCUUUUUUUGGAAAGAGAUAAAAUAUAUUUUGAUUGAAAGAUUUUUCAAGAUCGAAAAUAAAAAAACAAAAAAAUGUAAAUAGAAGAAAAUUUCUUUCGGGAAAAAUGAAAAAUAUUUGUAAUCUUUUAUAAGCAUAUUUAUGGAUAUCGUAACUCUUCCGAUAUCUAACAUUUUCAAUCAAGAUUUAAAAAUGUUUUUGUUCCGUUCUUCAUUAGUUCAUGAAGCUUCAUCAAUUUCCAUUAAUUCAAACAUCAAUCAAAUGUACUUUUAAAAUUUUUCACAAAAAACGUAAGCAAAACAAAAAGCUAAUGAAAACUUUAUACAAGCAAACGUUUAAAUUUGUUUGGGCCGCUUAAAAGUGUUUAUAACCAUCUUUGAAAUAUUUAUGAUGAUGACUUUGAGAAUAGAAAGAAAAGCGUUUAAAACUAUAUGUACUAAGACGAUGUUUGUGAAUGUCUUGUUGUAUCCUUGCCAAGACUUUCAUUUAAUGAAACGAAAAAGGAAAGAAAAACAAAAACUAGAAUGGAUAAUAAAAAAAUAAAAGUUUGUGUUUAGAUUCUAAAGAGAUAAAAACUGUUUAACUCCCAAUUUGUCCGAUUCGACCUCACGUUUACAUAAUAAUUAAAAAGGAAGGAAAUUUUAUAGUAAAUGUUGACUAAAUGUUUGGCUUUAUUUCUUAAGAAUCUAGAAUCAGUUCAUAUUAAGAAAACCAAAUUAGAAUUAACAAGGAAAUAUUUAGCCGAAUUCGAUGGUGUUUCAGUCAAUUAAAAACAUUAUCGAUAUCAAUGUCACAUCUGAAAUCGAAACAUAAUCAAAACGUAACAAUUUUUUUUCCUUCUGUAAGACAAAUAAAAACAAUUGUAGAUUUUGGAAUAGAAUUAUUGAUGCAACAUAAUGCAAAUUAAAAAUAAAUUUGUUUGUCAACUUUCCAUCUAAAUGCAAUUCAAGAAAAACGAAGAUUUUUGUUUUAUGCAACGAGUCAGAUGUCAACCGAUCACAGUUUCGUAUCUCAACAGGAAACAUUUGUAACAUGAUAAACAUUCAUCGCUUUCAAAGCGAUUUAGUCUUAAAUUACUUUCCACUUCCAUUACCCUUCAAUUCUAUUGAAAGUAAAAAACAAAAAAAAAUAUGUAAAGAAAGUUGUUGAAAAAUGAAAAUAAAAAAAAGUUUAAGAGUGAAAA